CUCUCCUCUCCUCUUCCCGACCCUCCCCACCUCUCUUAAAAGCAUCCAGUUUAUUGGCCACUCUGCCUCAUAGUGGACGUCCUUUCUCUCUCUUCCCCACUUUCUAUCUCCUCCUAUCUUCCCCCACCCCCCUCCCCAUACCAUAUAUAUUUUCUCUCUCACCUCCUCUUUCAAUCAAACCUCUGUCCUUCCUGCUUUUUAUCUCCACCAAGAAAACAGAACAGACAGAUACUUAUCCAUCUCUCUGCUUCUCUCUCUCUCUCUCUCUCUCUCUCAUAACCCAUAUAUCAGAGACUAUCUAUCAUGGGACGUUCACCUUGCUGUGAAAAAGCCCAUACCAACAAGGGUGCGUGGACCAAAGAAGAAGACCAACGCCUCAUCAACUACAUCCGUGCUCAUGGCGAAGGUUGCUGGCGUUCCCUCCCCAAAUCCGCUGGAUUGCUUAGAUGUGGAAAGAGUUGCAGGCUACGGUGGAUAAACUACCUCAGGCCUGACCUCAAGAGAGGAAAUUUCACAGAAGAAGAAGAUGAGAUCAUUAUCAAACUCCACAGUUUGCUCGGAAACAAAUGGUCCUUGAUAGCUGGAAGAUUGCCUGGAAGAACAGACAAUGAGAUCAAGAACUAUUGGAACACCCACAUCAAGCGCAAGCUCAUUAGCCGUGGACUCGACCCUCACACUCACAGGCCACUCAACUCCACCACCAAAGCCACCACCACCACUGCCAUCACCAAUAUUUCCUUGGACUUCAAGAAUGCUUCAUUUUCAACUUUGCCCAUAAAAGAAUCCACUUUGGUGGACCAAAAUAACCAAUUCAAGCUCCUCACAGACUCAGCUGAAGAUGGUAAUUGUAGCAGUGGCACAACCGAAGAAACCAAACCUCAACACAUUCAUGAACAGCAAAACAACACCCAAGUUCUUGACCUUGAGCUCUCAAUAGGACUUCCAUUGCAGUCCAAAACUUGGGAAACAUCUGCAAAUUCAGCCGAGUCAAAGCUGGAAACAAAGGUUCCCUACAAGUUCUUUGCGGUGACACCACCGCCAACUACAGCGGUGGCCACCACGGCGGAGGCAGCGGUGGUGGCUCCGGCACUGUGUUUGUGUUGGCAGUUUGGGUCUCAGAGCAGUCAGUUGUGUAGUAAUUGCCGAAACACAAAGGGGUUUUACAGAUUGUGCUGACCAUUGGGAUGCAUAAGGCCAUAAAUUUUAGAUCUGGAUAUUAAUGCUUUCUACUUCCCAGCUUCUUCGCCUACCCAAUGUAAUUAUUGUAUCUUUAGAACUAUAGCAGCUCUAUGGAAUAGCAACAUUUAAUAGCAAGACAAAUAUUUUUUUGGAUCAACUAAUUUGUCCGAAGAAAAAUUCUAUAUAACUCAAAUG